AUUUCAAAAAAAUGAAAUGAAACAGAGUUUGAAUGAAAAAAAUGUUACGAUCGUUGUUCACCAUGAUCGCAAUCUGUGUUUCCGUAACAGAUUCAUUUGAUGAUUAUAGCCACAAUAAUUAUGUUUGCUGGGAAAAUCGUGUAGAUUUUGUUAUACAAUUGGCAAACGAAUUGAUAUUUGCAUUUCGUCAUGAUAAAAUAUGGCUUUUAACGAUUGAUGGAAAUUAUCUCUCUUCAACAGAUAAUCCUGUUCCCUUGAAUGAAUUGUUUCCCAAUUUACGUCAGGAUAUUCCAAUUGCUUUUACAAUGCCAUUGAUUGAUGAUCGAUUGCGUGACCAUCUAAUUGCCUUACCAGGUUUAACAAUGUUUGUCGAUCCACCAAUGUAUUAUCUUUAUCAUAAUUUUGUUUUGAAUCUAACUGAUACAAUGCAAUAUUGGGAAUCAGGACCAUUCCUGGAUAAUCGUUUUACAGCAACUAUGCAUAAUACAAGUUUAUUAUUGAUAGCUAAACAAGGUAUCAUUCCAGAUGGAAUCAAAAAAGUGAUCGGUGGUCAAGUAUUUUUAUUUGAUUCGGAUCGAUUUCCCGAAUGGGUAGGUGUUUUUGAAAUUUCAUCUAAAUACAAACAAAACUUGGAUUGGCUUCGACUUAGCCAGCUAAUGCCAAUCAAUCCAGGCAAACAGGAUGAGAAAGCUACUUAUUUAGCCUUAUUCGAUUAUGGACCAACUAUGGGUCAUUAUUAUUGCAUCACUAUGUUUGACAAUCAUAAUCAUGGUCAAUGUUUGGGUCAACUUCGUCCUAUAUCCAGCGCAUUUCGAUGUUCUCCAAAAAUCAUUAAAUUAAAAUAUAAAAAUUCAUUAUAUAAAUUAUGGAAAUCUACUGGUGGUUUGCCAUUAAGAAUCAUUAUAAUGGGAUCAUGCGGAGCAGCAAUGACCAUGUUAAUUUUAAAUUUACUUCAAUUAUUCAACUCACUCUAUCUUGUCGCAACCUUAACACAAUUUGGACAUUCUCCCAAAGAAUCAGUACAUUCAAUACUAAAAUCAUCAUUAACAAGUUUUGAUAAAGAAACAAAUAUCUUUGAAUGAAAAAAAUAAUUUAAUAUUUUUUUAAAAAUUUAACCUUAUCAUAAUAAGAACAAUAAAA